AUGACCAAGGGUACUAGCUCCUUCGGCAAGCGCCACAACAAAUCACACACCCUCUGCAGACGAUGCGGUAGAAGAUCAUGGCACAUCCAGAAGAGCACCUGCGCGAACUGCGGCUAUCCCGCUGCUAAGGUCCGGAAAUACGAAUGGAGUGAGAAGGCCAAGCGCAGAAAGACUACUGGCACAGGUCGCAUGAGAUAUUUGAAGGGCGUUUCUCGCAAAUUUGCGAAUGGUUUCCAGACUGGCGCACCCAAGGGUGCUCGUGGACCAGCAAAGGCAUAA